CACCUUUCAGAAAACAGAAGUAAGCACACAUUCACAGGAAACCCCCGAGAGAACAAAAAAAGGGAGAGAACAACAGAAGCAAAACGCAAAUAGGAGAACCAAAUCAAGAAUGGGAACCAAAGUCCAGAAUCUUCCAGGAUAUUACUCGAUGAGAGAUCUUAAUGAGGAAUCUAGUAGUUGUGGCUGGCCCUUAUUUUAUGGGGAUAAAUCACUAACAAAUGGACAGUAUUAUAAUAAUUAUCUGCCAAGUGCUAAUGUUGAUGCAUGUUCAGCAUAUGAUAAGGAUGUUGUGAAGCGGAUGAUGCUUGAGCAUGAGGCCAUAUUUAAGAAUCAGGUUAACGAACUUCACCGAUUAUAUGGAAUACAAAAGGAUUUAAUGAAUGAGUUUAAAAGGAAAGAUUUGCAUAGAAACCAAAUACCUGUUGAGGCAUCAUUUUCCACAUGUCCCUUGACAUCUCAAGUAACGACUGAAGAUGGACAUAAAUGGCAUAUUUCUGGCUUUCCUGUGGGAAAUUCUACUUGUGCCAAAACAUCUGUUUCAGGAGUUGAAGGCACUCAUUCUCCUUUGGGUUCUAUUAAAGGAAUCAGCCAACAAGCUAGUUUAUUUCCGUCCCCAAAUGGGUGUAGUUCAAAAGAUAUUGAGGUGCUUGAGUCCAGGCCCUCAAAGGUGAGGAGAAAAAUGUUUGACCUUCAGCUCCCUGCUGAUGAGUACAUUGAAACCGAGGAAAGUGAAAAAUUCAGCAAUGAAAAGAUAAGCGGUCCAUCAUUAUUUCAUCCUGAUAGAAAUUGUAAAAGUGGAAGGGAGAGUAAUGGGAAACUUUUUUGUGGCAAUGGUGGGCAGAUUGGCAAGCAGGACAUUUCAAGACCUGAGCAGUCUUUGAGGAGAAGAAAUAGUUUGGCUGACUUAAAUGAACCUGUUCAAAUGGAAGAAACAUACAAUUCUCCUUAUGUUCACCUUCUGAGCCAUAAUGCUUGCCAAGGGGCUACUGAAUGCUCUGAUCUCUCUGCCUCUGCUAAACAAAAGUCAGAGUUUUUUGGUUUGUCUAGGGAACAAUUGCCCAAUUCACGUCAUGGAACUGACAUUUGGGCUCGAAAUAAUGGAUAUUUGGAGAACAAUGGCAGCGGAAAAGGGUGGCAUCCAUCAGUGGUUGGGGCAGGGCAAGCUAACACACAACCUGUUCCUCAAGUCCUCAAACUGGAGAAAUCACCUUUACCUUCCCAAACAAUGCAAGAUGCACUUAGCAAAGUUCAUGAACCUGCGUCUUAUUAUCUAAGUGGUCAAAACAAGGGUGACAUGUGGAGGGAAAAGACAGUUAGUGAUUUACGUAUCAGUGAAGGAAAUCAUGAACACUCGCAACCUGAGUCUGUGGUACCAUUACAUAGACCUGGUCUUUUUGCAGUUGCUCCUUCUGAUUUAUCCAAGUCUUGGUCUCAUUCGGCUUCUUCUUGGGAAAUGCCAAGUAGCAGCCUAAGCCAGAAGUUGACGUCAAUUCAGACACCUCCAUGUCUAAAUGCAUUUGGUGCUUUAAAUAGAAGUUCCCAAUCACAUCAAAGCAAUGGGAUAUUCGAAGAUAGUUUGCCUCUAAAUAUCAACUCAAAGUGCAGCCCAGGUUUUCAAUGUGAGGUACCGAUGCAGAAUGGAUUUCACCAUGGGUCUUCAUCUGGGUCCAAGGAACCAUCGGCAACUGUCUCUUCAAUCAGCUAUGACUUCAAUCAUAAUAACGACAGUAAAAUAAUUUCUGAUGCUUUCUUCAACUAUGGUUCAUCAAAAUACUGCAAGGGUUCAAAUUGCAACGACAUGAAGUCUGGAAAAGACAUUGACUUGAAUGUGCUGCUUCCAAAUGGUUCAUCCAAUAUCAUUGUUCCUCAGUCAGGUGUUGGGAUAAUGGAUGAAGAACAAAAGCAUGAGGAGCAUCAUGCGGUGUUGCCUUGGCUCAGAGGGAAGAUAACUCGUAAGGAUGAAGUACAAAACACUGCAGUAGAGUCAAGUUUAUUCCAUACUGCCUCAUUGUCCAACAAAGAUGAAAUUCGAAAGGGGACCAGUGGAAAGUUCAUACACAAUGCUGCCUCAGUGUUGUGUUCUAAUAAUAUUGAGCCAAAGAGGGUGGAGAUAAAUGAAAGCUCUAGCCAUAAGAAAAUUCUUGGUGUUCCCAUAUUUGAUAUGCCUCAUAUUUCUCCCAAGGUCGUGUCUUCAAUCACUUCUCCCUCUGUGUCAAUUAUUAAUCCAUUUGAUGCAGAAGCAGCAGAAAAGAAUAAGAAAAAACAAAUACUUGAUAUUAACUUGCCUUGUGAUGCUGGUCUUCUUGAGUUGGACAAAGAAGCAUUCACUGAAACUGCUGCUUGCAAGACAAGAUCUCCUACAACAGAAGCAGAGUCUAGAAACCAAAUUGAUUUGAACUUGAGUAUGAGUGAGGAUGAAGGAUCUCUCACAACUUUACUAAGUGACAAUGUGAAAAUGAAGGCAGAAAUAGAUCUUGAAGCCCCUGCCAUUCCUGAGACAGAGGAGGACGGUGUUCCUGAAGAAAAGCAGCUUGAAACUCCUGGAUCAUCAUCACAAGUUUCACAAGACACAGAUGAACAGUCAAAGGAUGAUGAACUUAUGACGAAUGCAGCAGAGACAAUUGUUAUACUGUCAUCUCUUUCCUGUGAUCAAGUGGAUGGUGUGAUCAGCAACAGUAGUUCAUCGGAAAGUCCAAUGGCAGACCCGCUAAAUUGGUUUGCAGACUUUGUUUUCUCAUGCAAAGAUAAUCUUGAAGGCAAGUGUGAUAUUUUGAGGGAAAAAGAGGGUGAGGAUAACAAGGAGUGUUCCUCCGAAGGAAUGGAUUACUUUGAGACCAUGACAUUGAAAAUGGCAGAGACCAAGGAAGAGGACUACAUGCCCAAGCCUCUUGUUCCUGAAAACUUCAAAGUGGAAGAAACAACAACUAUGUUACCUACUCGGAAAAGGAGGGGGAGGCAGCGGAGAGACUUCCAAAGGGACAUCCUUCCAGGCCUUGCAUCUUUAUCGAGGCACCAAGUGACAGAGGAUCUUCAGACAUUUGGAGGGCUUAUGAGAGCAACAGGUCAUUCGUGGCAUUCAGGAUUAACUAGGAGAAGCUCAUCUAGGAAUGGCAGUGGAAGGGGGAGGCGGCGGGCACAGAUUACCCCCUCUCCCUCAACUCCAGCAGCAACCAAUGAAACUAGCACCCCAUUGAUGCACCACCUUAACAAUAUUGAAGUUGGAUUGGAAGAUAGAAGCCUAACAGGUUGGGGCAAGACAACCAGAAGGCCCCGUAGACAGAGGUGCCCAGCCGGUAACCCUCCAUUGAUCCCGUUAACCUAAUCACCAUAAGAGGCUUAAAAUUUUAGAAGAAAAUUUAUAGAGGUAAGCAGGGCCAGUUUCCAUCCAAAUUGAUGGAGGAGAUGAUGUUCUCAGGCAUGGGGAUUUCUCUUGUAAAGUUCUUCAACCCGCAUUUGGGUAAAUGCUUGAUUCUCAGUCUUUGGGUGGUACCAACUUGUAUUAUUCUCAAAUAAUGUUGCAUGAUUUCUUCUGUUUAUCUCUUUAUAGAACUGUUGAGAUAUAUACCAGCGUUCCUUCAAUUCACUGCUCUCUCUUUCUGGGAUUUUUACUAAUGAUUUUAUUGCUAAGUAC